AUGGCAAACACUUUAGGAAUCCGUGUUGUUCGACCGGUAACACUCCGAAAGUUUCAUCAACCUGAGCUCGACCUUUCAGAGGAACGUGACACCGAUCCUCUUUUAUCGGCCAACAGAGUGCGCACUUCUCAUCAACGAAUGGCAGGGGAUUGUCAGCCAAGCAAAUCGUGGAAUGCACAUUCAAAUCCACAAUCUCAGUCAAGCACUGUCGACCGUAGUACGCAAACACACUGCACGGACGAUAUUCUACACACAGAUUUUCUUAUUCGGGGCACGGCUGCAGACGACAGAGUAGACAUGCCAGUAUCGUCUACACUCACACACUAUUCCAUGCACAAAAAUAGCCAGGAUUUCUCGAAUUUCGAGCCGAACUGCCCAAACUCGAUGGACUAUCACUCUCAUGGUGGAACUUUAACCCAUUCGUCUCCGUUUAACGGGAUUAAACAAGCAGGAUAUGACACUUAUGGUAGCGAGUUAGAGUAUCGAGUUGGAGCGCCGAUUCUCGGGGGAGAUACUGGUAACGGUGGAGUUGGUAGCGGCUUUGGUGGCGGACCAUUGCUGAAACAAGGUGGAUCUUUGGUAGACGAGUUUGGACCCAAAGAGGCGCCACAUAAACUUGGAAGUAGCAAGGAUAGCUAUACUAAAAUGACGAGAGCGGUGACACAGAAACCCGAAGGAAUCGGGGAAUCAUUAGCCUGGCUCAAACGAGAACUGAUGGACCUACGUAACACAGAUCAGGAACUAACUCGUACCUUAUUCACUUUGCAAUCCAAGAUCCGCGAUCUCAAGAAUAAAAUUAACCAAGACGAAGUCGACGACGAUGAUGACGAUUCGGAGAAAACCGAUUACCCGUCUAGCUGGUCUUCCAAUGGGCAUCGAAGUGACAGUUUCUCUACGCCGAGCUCGCAAAAGACGAAAAGUAUUAAUUUGAUUAAAGAGGAAAAUGAAGAGGAGCCGGUCAUGGAGGUCAAACAGGUUAAACAACUGCACACAGCGGUCACCGUGACUCGCAAUGCGGUCAACGAAGUCAAAGCGGAAAAUACGGUUAAUGUAACCGCGGUAAACGGGAACUCUACGCUGGGAAAUGCAAUUAAUGGCACAACAGUUAAUCAUAAUGCAAAUGGAUACAGUAGAAAUACAAAUAACAGUUUGGACCAGACAGUAAGGCCAAGUGUGAAUGUAAGUCUGAGGAAAAGUGUUACCUCGGAUGGUCUUAAGAACUAUAGUAACUUGGAAAAACCUAAUCUUCCUCCUCCUCCACCUCCUCCCGUUUCUGCGUCCCCCACCCCGUCGCUGAAGAGUACGAGUAGCAGUGAAGUGGUGCAUCGGUUUGCCAUGAAAGAAGAAAGUAAACGUGACUCUAUGUCCUCGUCUUCCUAUGUUUCGUCAUCGUCGUCGUUCACGUCCUCGUUGGAGGAACUUCGACUUCAGGACGUCCCUAGAGAUCUCAGGUCAAGUGGUCGAAGCUUCGAUCGCAUGACGUUCGAAGAGGAAGAGGAGGAAGAAGAAUCGCAUGACGCAGUUAACCAAGAUGAGGAUAGCUCGAUCAAAGAUAACCAGAUUGACUUUGAUGAUAAUGGCAAUGAAGAAACAACGAGUGAUGAAACAACUGAAGCGUCAAAAUUGAUGGAAUCAAUAUGGGCAGAAGUUGCUUUGUUCUCUUGAUUUUUGUUUGUUACCAAGAAACAUUGUCAAAAUACGUUUGUGAACAUGACGAAAAGAUGAGCCUUCGGACAACUUAUUAAGAGUCCAUAGAGCGAGACGGAUCAAACAUUUAUCAACAUUGAUACGAUCAGCAUCGUGCUGCUAUACAUGUAUCUUACUUCCAUCACAAUUGUCUUCAUUUUGUAUGGGCUGGUGAUUUUGUAGCAAGGAUCUUGGUCAUUUCUGCAUUAAAGAGUGAGCAGUUCUUCCUAGAAAGACACUUCGUUUCUCUGUCAUUAAUAAGGAAAAGAAUGCAUUGAAGACAUGGUGAUUCGAAAAGUGUAAGGUAUUAACAUGGACAUCAGACUGUCCUCGGAGACCGGAGUGUUCUUAAUGUCAGAAUACCGGUCAAAGUCGAUGUUGUCUGGCCCCAUACAACAUGGGAGAAUAAAUUUCAUCUUUCGAAAUCUAAAUGUCGCACAACUAUUAAUGCUUUCACUAAUGACCAAGAAAUUAUGAUAAUAUUUCAGCCAUUAUAGUACAGCCAUUGACAGUGGUAUGCAUAUUAUUACUAGUAUCUUUAUUCUAUUUCUAUGGUCCAGUUUUAAACAAAAAUUGAUCAAAAUAAAAACUCAAAGGCUGGACCUGAGGAGCAUUUUGUGAAGCAGGUUGUCCAUGGUUUUCACUGACAGUUUUGCUCUGAGCCAAUCAGAUGGAAGGAUUUCCGUAGCUUAUAUCCAAUAGUCAAUCAGAAUCACAGAUUAUUUGUUUCGUGAAAUGCUCCCCAGAAAUAUGUAUACCUUCAAAAUGUUUUGUUGUGUAUGGCACAGGCCGGUCUUUAUGAAAUUUGCUACAUGGAGAAGUAUAUCUUGUAUUUAUCUAGCUAUAGUGUGUGAAUCCUACAAAUAUCAAAGAUUUGAAAAAGAGUGCACCAAAUGCUUUUGGUCGUAUAUCGAGGGUGAGAUCGUCAUUAUAGCCCACCCUUUAUUCAAGAUUAUCAUUUACAUGUAGACAACUCAAUAUAUUCUAAAGGUGUUGAAUAUAUUGAAUGUUCAGUUUAUUUAAUUUUUGAUGACGUUAUUUCAUUGAAAUUUACUUUGGAUAGAGAAAAUUUCUUAUUAAUACCGAACAGUACAGUUUGAAUGACUAUUACCUUAAUGCAUUAAAUUUAAAUUGUUAUUUUGAGAUGGUGUUGAGCAUGCAGUAAUUGUGUUUCUCUGGACUAGUGACUUGUUAACCUAUAUCAGUAACUUUUGAAGUCUUUUAAGUUUAUUUUUAGUCCGAUUUUCUCGAAAAAGCCUCAGGUGAUAUGUACCGUCCCGUCCAAACAAAAGGGCGUGGAUGUUCCCUUCUUACCAGGAAAUCAAUCGACUCAUUAACCACUGAAAACUUUCCAACAAGCUCAUUGCACUCCAAUCUGGAGUACUUGAAUUUGCAGUGACGCGUGGCGAGUUUUGGUUGCAUGUUCGUACAGACUCGGGGAGGAGACUCUAUUUUGGGAUUGAUGGGAUUAGCUUAGCCAUUAGUCGUCUAAUGUAGAACUUCCCAUGUCUUCUCCAUUUCAAGUCAACUCAAGGGAUAUCUAAUCGCUGGCUCAUCGACGAGCUAUCUUCCUCCGCGUCCACGUGCAUGCUUUCCUGCAAUCGCCAAUUCAUUUCUCGAUGUUUCAUAGUGUUGUCAUUAAUCAAGAAUGUUCAAUUCGAGAUUGCUCAUUUUCCAUCUGAACUGAAAAGAUGCAAAUAAUCUCAUUAUUUAAAGAUUAGAUUGUGACUAUAUGACCCUUAGAUUAUGGAGAAUUCCUUAUAAGUCUGUGACAUAGUCUGACAUCACAUUUUUUCCCUGUUCUAUUUUUACGUUGAAGUGUCGUCUGCCUUUCUGUCUUGAUACUAAAAUUUCCAAUUAUUUUGACUAAUCUUAUGGAUGAGUUGUUAGAUUUGAACUGGUUGUCAGUGUUUAUCUAAUGCUAACUCUGUUGUGUUGCAACGUUGUUAUUAGUGCAAUAGUCGAAGGGGGAAAAUGAAACAUUAGUGAGCCAUAAAUGAUAUGUCAAAAUAUGCUAAUUUCUUUAACUUGUGAUUUGCGAAAAUCAUCAAAAUUAUGCUCAUGUUUCAUAUCAUGUUUAUAUGUUGCAAUUCACUUGUCUUUGUCACGUUGUAUGCAUGACUAUAUUGGCGAAGAUUCAGGUAAAACAUAUAGCAUGUAUAGAAAUGAUGUUUAUAUAAUUAUGUUCAGUACUCAUGUAAAUAUAGAGAUGAAUGCCUUAAUCAUACUUUGAAGAACUAUGAAUAGAUAUUCACUAACACACCAUUAUAUUAAGAUAACCAAAUAUGAAGAUACAGCUAUAUUACAUUAUAAUGUUCUUCAUUAUUUUUUCCAUCAGUGCAGUAUAUGAAAUAUUGCAAUGAAAAUAUUAUAUAUAUGUUUAUUCAUAUAAGGGGGAAAUUAAUUUCUGCAAAGCCAGAAACGCGUGAAAUUUUUUUCGUAUUUUUCUUUCCUGAGAGAAUAUUAAAAUCUGGAAAAUCUUAGUAAUAUGAUUAUUCCCCUCGUUUUGGCGUACGUUUUAGUCCUAUACUCAACUUUGAUUUACCCUGGAACUGCCAUGUUAGAUAAAGUAUAGGCUAUUGUCUUAUUUAGUCAAUGCUGUAGCUAUGGGAGGUAAAGCAACAUAACGAGCUUUAAAGAUCAAGUCCACCCCAGGAAAAUGCUGACUUGAAUAAAUAGAGAAAAAUUGAACUAGCAUAGUGCUGAAAAUUUCAUCAAAAUCGGAUGUAAAAUAAAAAAGUUAUGACAUUUCAAAGUUUCGCUUAUUUUUAACAAAAUAGUUAUAUGAACGAGCCAGUCACAUCCAAAUGAGAGAGUCGAUGAUGUCACUCACUCACUAUUUCUUUUGUUUUUUAUUGUUUGAAUUAUACAAUAUUUCAUUUUUUAUAGAUUUGACAAUAAAGACCAACUUGACUGAACCAUAUAGUAUUAAACAAUGCUAAUUCCACAAGUUCAGGGAGGAAUCAAUCGUUGUUUCACUUGACAAUGAGGAGAAAAUGAGAAUAUUUCAUAUUUUAAAUAAUAAAAUACAAAAGAAAUAGUGAGUGGAUGACAUCAUCAGUCUCCUCAUUUGCAUACCAGCCAGGAUGUGCAUAUAACUGUUUUGUGAAAUUAAGCGAAACUUUAAAAUGUCAUAACUUUCUUAUUUUACAUCCGAUUUUGAUGAAAUUUUCAGUGUUUUGCUUGUUGGAUUUUUCUCUUUUUAUUCAAAUCAACUUUUUGUUGGGGUGGACUUGUCCUUUAUUAACGAAUGUUAAUAUUGAUAUUGGGUAUGCUUGUGUUUUUGUAAAUCUGCACGAUUGUUUGGUUAAUCUAAUGAUUUUAAAACAUAUCAAUAACAACGCGCACAAGAUCAACAAAAUGAAAAGUCGAAAGAAUUGUGAAUUAGAAGAGAACAACAUCGUGAAUACUGGCUGGUUCCAGGAAAGUAUUUAUCUGUUUCUGUUUAUUAUUUUAAUCAAAUGUAAUCAACCAUGAGAUAUUAUAUUUGCAUUUCUAUACCACCUAGCCUAUCCGUGUCAAAUGAUAUUUCGUUUGUGAAAAGGAAAUCGAAUGGUGGUGCGAUCCCCGAUAUUCUUUUCAUACUUCUUUCUUUAAUCUAUACUGAGAAAGACGUGAGGGUAUGUCUUAUAUAAUUAGCCCCUUAUGUUUACAAUAGCAUUGGUCUACAUUUUAUGUUUGAAUAGUGGACCAGAAGAAUCAUCUAUGAAAAAAUGAUACGUUUUCUUUUUUUUUCUUUACUUUGAUAAAGAAACUGAAAAUAAUAAAAUGACUAUAUAGUAAAAAAAAAUGAAA